AUAUUAAAAUCUUUUUAAAAAUUCAGGCUAGGUCCUAUUUUCGGGGUAGGUCUUAUUUUCAGGGAAAUACGGUAUGCUGAAUUUAUAUCCGCUAGGCGACCACUUUUUUCCGCCAUGUUCGUUGAUUUGACCGGGAGACACUGUCUGAAUGCAGAAAUGUAAGUCGAGUACCAGUGCAGAAGUCGAAGUAUUCUUGUUUAUUGUCCUACAUCUGCGAAGUGAAACCCACAAUGAGUACCAAGAGAAAAUCUUCCCAAAAAGGAAGAGCAGCAAAACGUGCACAUGUGAUGAACAACUCAUCUACUGAUGAUGAUGAUUUGGACAUGGGUAUAUUGGAGAAAGUAACACUGAAAAACUUCAUGUGCCAUAGUCAGCUGACUAUGUCGUUUUCUUCAAAUGUUAACUUUAUUGUUGGUAAAAAUGGUAGUGGAAAAAGUGCCAUUAUCACAGCAAUUGUUGUUGGCCUUGGUGGAAAGGCAAGUAGCACAAGCAGAGGAUCUUCUCUCAAGACAUUGAUAAAAGAAGGAAGCAAUUCAGCAACUGUCGAAAUCACAAUGCGUAAUAAAGGAAAAGAGGCAUACAAAAAACAUCUUUUUGGUGACAGCAUUACUAUUGAAAGGAAAAUACAUGUUGAUGGGCAGACAUGCUACAAAAUUAAAAAUGCCGAUGGCAAAAUAAUUACUAAUAAAAAGGAAGAUUUAGUGCAAAUUUUGGACCAGUUCAACAUACAAGUGGAUAAUCCGUUAACCUGCUUGAACCAAGAAAUGAGCAAGCAUUUCUUGCACUCAAAAAGUGAAAGUGACAAAUACAAAUUUUUCAUGAAAUCAACUCAACUAGAACAAAUGAGUAUGGAUUAUGAUUUUGUUCAAAAACACAGAUUAACAAUGCAAGAAACACUGAAGAGAAAGGAAAAAGUUUUGCCCGAAUUGGAGAAGGAAGUUCUUGCCAAGGAACAGAAGUUCCGUGAUCUUUCCACACUCCAAGAAUUGAAAAAUAAAAUAGACAACUUGAAAGGUGAGCUGGCAUGGGCUCAUGUUAUACAUUUGGAACAUUCGCUCAAACCAUCUAAAAGACAGCUGGAACAAGAGCAAAAACGCACUGCAAAGUACACCCAGAUGGUUGAUAAAUCCAAGCAUCGUGAGAAAGAAGCUAGAGCUCUUUUUACGCAAUCACAAAAUUCUGUGAAGGAGUAUAUGGAAAAUGCCAAAGAACUGGACCCAUUGAGAAAUGUUAAAAAGCAAGAAUUCGACAAAAUUCGCCAAUCUCAUCGACAGUUGGAACACAAGGUAAAGUCUCUGGUGAAACAAAGACAUGAUGCAGCAAGCGAUAUGAAAAAAAUGGAGAAGAGGAUAAGCGACCUUAUGGAAACUGUUAACACAAAUAUUGAAGCAGAAAAGAAAAAAAGAGAAAAGGCUCUUGGCAAGUUACAUAAUGAGCUCAAAGAUCUUACAGCACGAUUGGAAAAUAUUUCAAAGCAAAAGAAGCAGUUUGAGAAUGCCAUGGAAAAUUGCAAGGAAAUAAUUCAAGAAAAUAAAAAAGAUGCUCAAAGAAUUUCCACAGAAAAACACAAAACUGCGAGUUUACUGAAGAGUUUAACAUCAGAUCGCAAAAAUCGUCUUCAGUUGUUUGGUGUUAAAAUGCCUCGCUUUGUCCAAAGAAUAGAGGAGGAAUGGAAAAAAAAGAGAUUUCGCCUGAAGCCAAGAGGUCCAAUCGGAGCAUGCAUAACACUGAAAGAUGCAAAUAUGGCAGUACCUGUUGAAUCUGCAAUUCGUUCUCACAUCAGUGCAUUCGUUGUCGAUAAUCAUGAAGAUAUGAAGCUAUUGUCUCAACUAAGAAGCUCCGUUUUUACACCGAAGGAAGCAAGCCAGAUUACAAUAUACACCAGUAAAUUUUCUAAAAAAGUACAUGAUGUGUCACGUGGCAAAGCUGUUCAUAAUCCAUAUAAAUGUGUUUUGGAUCUCCUCAAUAUUGAAGAUCCAGUCGUAGCAAAUUGCCUGAUUGAUAUGGGAAGCAUUGAAACUAUUCUCGUCAUUCCUAACCUAAAAGAUGCCAUGAGAAUUAUGCAAAACUCUGCGAGACCACCUGCGGGUUGCACUCAGGUCUACACUGGGGAUGGUGAUGAAGUUUUUGAGGAUAGGUUUUAUUCGAAUCCACGAGAGCCUGUGUCUAGGUUUCUAAAAGCGGAUGUUGAUGAUGAAAUUCGUAGACUUCAAGAAGAAAUUCAAGGAUUUGAUAUGAAGAUAAAAAAUAUAGAGGUAAUUGUACAAAGUAAAACAAAGGAAAGUCAAAUCAGCCUGAAAGAGCUUCAUCGCCUUGAGAGAACUAAAUGUCAACUAGUCAACAGAUUGAAAGAGGUUCAAGUUGACAUUAGAGGAUUGGAGUCUGUUGAAGAAGUUUCACCUCCAGAUGUCAAAGAUCUUCUUGACGAGGUCAAUAAUUAUAAGCAACAGAUAGUAUCAUUUGAUGCAAUGAUUUAUGAGGAAAGUGAAAAUUUGAAAUCAAGCAAAGAGUUACUGACCAGUGCUCAGUCUAAUUGGAAACAAUAUGAUGGAGAGAUGAGAAAACUAAAAGAUGCUUUGGAUGAAAGUAGAGAAAACAUAAGUAAAGUAGAAAAUGAUCUUGAGAAGGCCAAAUCCGAUAGAAGUUAUUACGAAGAAAGUCUGAAAAACCAUAACCAUAUGAUUCAAGAUAUGCUAAACAAACUGAACAAAGAAAAUUCAAUGGUGGACACGGAGCGUGAAAGAGCAGCACUCAUACAUAGGGAAAGAAUAAAUACAAGGAGAACUCCGAGCAAUAUAGAAAAUGAGAUUCGACAAAUUGAACGCAGAGUUGCACAAGAUGAACAACAACAUGGUCAAAGAGAACAAAUAAUUAAGGAAUACUAUGAAGUCAAAGAGCAAUAUAAAUCCAUCAAAAAUGGAAUGCAAUGGGUACAAACUUUUAUUCGUGAGGUUGAUUCAUAUCUAAAACAACGCCAGCAGUCUUUUAUUCAGAUGAGAGUUCUAAUUUCAGUGAGAUGUCGUAUGGCGUUUGAUACCCUUUUAUCACAAAGAGGUUUCACUGGUAAAAUGCAUUUUAGUCACACUGAUCGUCUUUUACAAAUAUCUGUUCAACCUGGAGAAGAUGGUAUCACGACUAAUGACAUGCGUGCACUUUCAGGUGGUGAAAGGUCCUUUUCCACUGUUUGUUUCAUUUUAUCAUUGUGGGAGGAAAUUGAAUCCCCAUUUCGGUGUCUCGAUGAGUUUGAUGUUUUCAUGGAUAUGGCAAACCGAAGAGUUGCUAUGGAGAUGAUGCUUGAAAUUGCCAUGAAUGAUAAAUUGAAGCAGUUCAUCUUUUUGACACCACAUGAUAUUAGUUCUUUGCCACAGUCAUGUCAAAUCAGGGUGUGGAAAAUGGCUGACCCGGAAAGAUCUCAGAAUACAGCUAGCUCUAAUGUUUCCACAUCGUAAUAUCAGUUCUGAUCUGAGAGCACAAAUAAACUUAUCAAAAGUAUGGUGAUGGAGGCUAAGAUAUUAUUUAGUCAACCAUCAAUCAAUGAAUAAUCCAAUUGAUGAACAUUUGAUGCUCAAGGACAUUUUAAUAGUCAAUAUUUGCCCAAGUUUGCAUUAUACCAAUGUGUAUCAUAAUGAGGAAACUGUCAUUAUUUGUACAUACCUGUUAAUUUGCCACUGAUGUUUUUUCCACAAUUUGACAUUAGAUUCGUUGUAAUCAGUUUUGCUGUUGAUUUUUAUAAUGCUUUUCAGGAUUUGUAUAUAAAUUCUGUUUUCAUUCGGAUCAUGUGUGUGUUUUAAUAA